AUGGGGCUAAAAUUCUGGCUUUCUCACAUUCGAGUGGUUGAUAAACAAGAUGACUUCGUCCCCGGCUCUACCUCUUCUGCCACAGAUGGCAUGGCAGUAUUUCUCAGCCUUUUUUCUGGUCCAAGGGCAGAAAUGAAUGUGCUACAAAUCAUCCAGGAAUUGAGAUCUGAGCUGGCAAAGAGCAAACAGCAGUUUUGAGACCUCAAAGAGAAAUUUCUUAUAUCUGAAUCUACUGCCUACUCUCUGGAUAACCAGCCGCAGAUAUACAAGUGUGAAGAGUUCAGAGACAUCCUUGAGUUUGUGCUGAGGAAGAAGCUGCAGUUUGAGGAGGAGGAGCUGGCAGAGAAGCAGAUACUUGCUGAGAAGCUCAGACACUCAUAUAUGUCAAUGUUGCUGGCCAAUGGGAAGGGACAUCUACUCCCUCUAAGUCUGGGAUUCCAUAAGCCAGUUCGCUGCGAUGAGAAAGCCAAGCAAGGGAGGAGGAGCCGGGAAACCAAGCCCGCCGCAGCGUCGCCCACAACCGGGGGCGUGCGGACGCCUACCUUGGAGUCGGGCAGGCUGAAGACGCUGGGGUCGUCGGUGCUCCCCACCAUGAUCUUGUGCUCCUUGCCCGGGGCAUGGCCUCCAGCACCUUCGGCGCGGGCAGCCUUGCCGCCGUGCCGCUCCCCGGACACCCGGUCGCUGGUGGUGUUUCCCAUGGCUGCAGCUCGAGUCGGGGGCCACCUGUCGCGGGGAACGACACCGGGUGGGGAACACCCCAGCGACCACGUCAGCGGCGCCUCCGGCCCCGCCCCUGCGCUUGGGAAGGGAAUCCCGGCACCAUGGAAGCGGAGCUCCGGGGAGACCCCCCCAGUCCCCCCUGGCUCGCAGGAACGCCCGCAAAUCUCCAGGCCCCCUCGCCGCCCCCCGCCCAGGAAAUCCGCAGGCGGGAACUCCCGCGCAUCCCCGCGCUCCCUGCCCGGGGGCGCCCCGGUCCCAGUCACCUCUGGCGAUAGGCUUCCUCCUCCCCGGGCCCCUGGCGACCUGACACAGUUAAGGCAAAUGUUACCAGAGGGAAGAGGCAUCUUUUCCACUCAGCAUCUCAAGGACCUCCUCACCCACAAUGACAAUGACAACUAUCAGGGGCAGGGCCUCUUAGAGCAACUGGCUGAUGGGCACAGGCUGGCAGAGCACCUUGCCCACAAGCUGAGUGCAGAAUAUGCAUAUAAUGGCUGGAAUUCCAGCAGCUAUCUUGGAUCAUGA